AAAAGCUGCUGACGUAGGAGCGGACGGCCAUCUUUGAUGAGGGCACGGCUCUCGGUCCGUUGAAGAAGGAGACCCGAGGAGGUCAGCAGCGGCUGUCCUUGCCUCCCAGCUGCGGCACCGAGCCACCGACUCCGCCGAGGCGGCCCGGCAGAGCGUUGCACAAGCCGAGGCUUGCAGGCAGCUGAGCAGAAAUCCUUGAUCUGCAGCUUCCACAAACACACCCACAGCUAAAAUGGCGGAAGACGCGGACAUGCGCAAUGAGUUGGAAGAAAUGCAGCGGCGUGCCGACCAGCUUGCAGAUGAAUCCCUUGAGAGUACACGUCGAAUGCUGCAGCUUGUUGAAGAGAGUAAAGAUGCUGGUAUCAGGACUUUGGUUAUGUUGGAUGAGCAAGGAGAACAACUCGAUCGUGUUGAAGAAGGCAUGAACCAUAUCAACCAAGACAUGAAGGAGGCCGAGAAAAAUUUAAAAGAUUUAGGGAAAUGCUGUGGCCUUUUCAUAUGUCCUUGUAACAAGCUUAAAUCAAGUGAUGCUUACAAAAAAGCCUGGGGCAAUAACCAGGAUGGCGUUGUAGCCAGCCAGCCUGCACGUGUUGUAGAUGAACGGGAGCAGAUGGCCAUCAGUGGUGGCUUUAUCCGCAGGGUAACAAAUGAUGCCCGGGAAAAUGAAAUGGAUGAGAACCUUGAGCAGGUCAGCGGCAUCAUUGGCAACUUACGUCACAUGGCCCUGGACAUGGGCAAUGAGAUCGACACACAGAAUCGCCAGAUUGACAGGAUCAUGGAGAAGGCUGAUUCCAAUAAAACCAGGAUUGAUGAAGCCAACCAGCGUGCAACAAAGAUGCUCGGCAGUGGUUAAAUGCAGCAAAGUGCAUUUCCUUUUAAUGCUGUCCCAGAGGGCAGUACCUUCAUGCUUUUAUCAUGGUAUUUACCUACUAGGUUUGCACACAUGCACAUAUCAGCCCCAUUGUAAAUGUUGUCCUGUGUAGUUUGUCAGCUUUCCAAAAAUGAUACUUGUAAUUAAUUUUUUUCUAGAUAUCUUUCUUUCCAAAGGUUGUACAUAGUGCUGAUUUGAUGGCUAUAGCUCACUAUGACGUUUUUUGGGAUUUUUCCUUUCCUUGUUUCUGUUUGAAUUCCUUUUCCUUUUUCCUCUCCUUUUUUAAAAUGAUGUUUGCUGAAUGACAACCAUGUUGGAAUGCUAAACGUGCUGUUAACCUUUAAAUAUACAGUAUUGUUCUUGUAAAACUGUGACAUUCCACAGAGCUACUGCCAUGCUCCUGUCUUUGGGUAUCAUGAUGUUUAAGCACUUAAACCUGCUGUCUUCAGUUCUUCAUUGCCAUUAUCUGUUGUUAUGAUUUCAUGAUUAGACAAUGUGGAAUUAUCUAACUAUAACAAGCAUUGCACUACAAAGUGAUGUGAUUUAUGCAUUUAUGCAUGAGGAAUAAAUAGACUUUUAGACUCCUACUUAAACAAGACUUUUUCCCAUGGCAGUAGCAUACCAACAAUGACAACAAAAGCAUGCUCAGUAUUCGGACUCUUUUGGGACUAUGUUAUACCAGCAAGUUUGCAGUCGUGCCACUUUUUCUUGUUGAUAUAUAUAUAUAUAUAUACAUAGAGUUAUUAAUCAUGAUCAUUUUUUUUUAAUUAUGAAAAAAGAGGGAUUUGGCACUCACCAUUUAGCCAUUGCCAGCAAAACGUGCUUGGCUGAAAACAUGUCAAAGACAAAAAGAAUAAGUGUAAUAUAUUGGGUUUGUCUGCUGCUUUUGAAGACUAUCUUUUGAAGGAAACGACUACCAUAUGAAAUGGUGCAAAGAAAUGUAAUUUUUAUAAGGCUCUCUCUUACUAGUCGCUAUCCCCAUGUGGUUUGUUAUCAGUACAGUUCUCUGUUGCUUACCUAGAGCUAUGCACACCAAAUCGCUGAGAUGUUUAGUAGCUGACUUAAUUAAAAAUAAUAAAAAAAACCUAAAUGAAUGAACUCUAGAUAAACUGUGAGAUAAAUAUCAUUUACAGCAUGUAAUAUGAAAUUCCUUAUGUCUCCUGUCAGUUUGUGAAGUGAUUGACAUUUUGUAGCUAGUUUAAAAAUUAUUAAAAAUUAUAGAUCUCAGAA